GGAGUGAAGCUCGUUUUCUCCGAAAGAGCCUGGGAGGACUAUCUGCACUGGCAGGCCACCGAUCGGGCUCGCCUCCAGCGUGUGAACCGGCUGAUCAAGGACAUUCUCAGAUCGCCAUACGAGGGGCUCGGCCACCCCGAACCGCUCCGGCACGAACUGGAGGGACUCUGGUCGCGUCGCGUAGACCGGGAGCAUCGAAUGGUCUACUUCGUCCGGGAUAACGCCAUUCAGAUCGUGCAGGCUCGCUACCACUACGAGUGA